AUGCCGGCCAACACCCAGAAACCGGCAGAUCCCUCGCCGGCAUCGCCCAGAAACACCGCCAAGUAUACAAACAAGGAUGGCUCCAAGUUCAUCACGGUCCCCAAAGGCGCCGACUCGUCUUCCCAACCCGCGACUCCGACCCUUCCUGCGACAAACGACCAUCGACUUGCCACCCAGCACCACCCUGGAACGUCGAACGCCACCGCUCGCGACGAUGACGACGACAACGCAUCCGGCGCCGCCCCGUCAGUUAAUCGCAAAAAGCAGAAGCGCCGGCAAAAGGCGGCUGCAAAGGCCGCCGCCGAAAACGCCGUCAACGGUCACGCAUCCGCCGCGCAGGGCCACGCUCACGUCCAUGCCCACACUCAUGGACAUGCUCGUGCUCUUCGCCACGUCGCCACCAAUAUUCCACCGCCGCCGCCGCCUCCGCAACAUGCGGAUCUGGUUGCGACCGACGACGAAGAUGACCUCUCGUACCCCCCACCAGGUCAGCCGCUCCAGCACGACCUCGGGACGUCCGCGUCAUCCAAGUCUAGGAAGAAUCGCAAGAAGAAAAAGAAGAAUGCCGCCCCGGAACCCGAUGACGACCUCUCCCCACCACCACCGCUGCCGGCCGAACCCGCGCGAGGGCCCGGCAUGUCUAGGGAUAAGAUAUGGAGUACCAACAAUCACGAGGAGCGUGAGCGAAUCAAAGAGUUUUGGCUCGGACUCGGCGAGGACGAGCGUAAGUCUCUCGUCAAGGUCGAAAAGGACGCCGUCCUGCGCAAGAUGAAGGAGCAACAAAAGCACACCUGCAGCUGUGCAGUCUGUGGCCGCAAACGCAAUGCCAUCGAGGAGGAGCUGGAGGGCUUGUACGACGCCUACUACGUCGAAUUGGAGCAGUUUGCCAACCAAGGCGAAAGUCCACCCUUGAUGAGCGCGUCACGGCACUACACCAUGCAGUCAACCCGCAGCCUACCUGCUGCAUAUGGCACGCAUCCAACGUUGGAAUCGCGAGGGCGAAUAGUGGAUCCGGCGGCCGAAGACGAAGACGAAGACGAUGAAGAAGAAAUCGAGGAGGUGUACAGCGAGGAGGAAGUGGAUGACGACGAAUAUAGUGACGAAGAACCUCCCGAAGCCUUUAACGCUGCACACGAUCGUGACGUCGCCGAUUUUUUAACAUUCGGUAACAGUCUGCAAGUCAAGGGUACGAAGCUCCUCGACACACUCCUGCGCGCAUAUGGUAACAUGGAACUAGGCGGCAUACUCACCGUGGCUGACGACUUGCUCAAAAAUGACGGCAAGCGUUUCAUUGAGAUGAUGGAGCAGCUUGCCGAGCGCCGCAUGGCACGAGAGGAGGACGCCCGACAGCACUUUCCACGCGGCCUUUCUCACCCCAACGCAGCAUACGCUGCUCCUCACAAUCACCCUCCACCAGAAGAAGAAGAGUAUGAGGAUGAAGAUGAUGAGGAAGACGAUUACGAGGACAGCCAGGACGACGAGUAUGAUGACGAAGAGGUAUAUUCCAGUUCUUCUGCCAUGCCAUCUGCGUAUCAUACUGAGCACAUCCUUCAGGACCAAAUGACCGAGGCGCAGCGGAUGGAAGAAGGGCGGCGCAUGUUCCAAAUAUUCGCUGCCCGCAUGUUCGAACAGCGAGUGCUCUCCGCGUACAAGGAAAAGGUCGCUAAGGAACGUCAACAGAAGCUGCUCGAGGAACUUGAAGAGGAAAGCCGGCAAGAAGACGAGCAAAAGGCGAAGAAGGCCAAGAAUGCGCAAAAGAAGAAGGACAAGGCCGCUCAGCGAAAACAGGCACUGGCCGAAGAAAAGGCACGUAAGGAAGCCGAAAAGGCUGCCGAAGACGCUGCUCGCAUAGAAGCAGAGCAGAAUCGCGUCGCCCAGCAGAAGCAAAAGGCCGACGAGAAGCGCCGUCUCAAGGAAGCUCAACGAAAGGCAGAAGAGGAAGCUCGGCUGAGGAAAGAAGCAGAACGAUUGCGAAAGAUUCAUGAGCAGAAGGAGAAGCAGGCUGAUCAGGAGCGUAAAGCCCGCGAGGCCAAGGAGCGCGAGAAGAAGGCCAAGGAAGAGCAGCGCAUAAGAGACAAGGAGGCCCGCGAGCAAAAGGAGCGCGAAGCCCAGGAGCGCAAGGAGAAGCAGGAGCGCGAUAAGAAGGACAAGGAGGCGAGGGCGGCCAAGGCACAACGGGAGGCCCAAGAGGCAAGCGAAGCUAAAGCGAGAGCAAAAGCUGCUUCUGUUGCAGCUGGACUUGUGCCUCCACAGAUUCAGCUAGCAAAGCGCGGCCAGCCACCACAACAACAACAGCCGCCGCAGCCUGCGCCUGUGCCAGCGACGACCGUCUUGCCUCACCAUCCGCUGAACCCAGCCAGCUUUGUGUCACCAAAGGUGUCCGUUGCCACGCCGGUGCUGCCCAAGUCUGCGGUACCAACACCUGCACGACAGCGGGCCCCAUCCCAGCAACAGGAUGUCGCUUUUGCAACGGCGUCACCCAGCUUGUCACCGCGAUCCAGCUCAGCCACUCACAUAAGCCCAGGAAGUAUUGGCCAGGAGCGCAAGCUUAGUUUUGGUGCUGGUGCUGGUGUGCCAUUCUCUGUCUCUCCACCCAGCAUGCCGCCGACAUCGAUGCUGUCGGCCGCUUUCCACAGCAAUCCGAUCGGCAUGCAGCCGCCUCCAGGGCUGCCAAAUCACGCUCCACCGGGGUUCCCUUCGCGUCACCCUAAUGAACCCGUGUUCCCCUCCUUCCGAUCCAGCCCCGGCAGCAUGAUGAUGGCACCCCCGGGGAUGAAUGGACUGGCUAGUCGCGGUAUGCCUCCAGGCGGCCCGAUCGGCCCCCCCGGAUUCCACCAACCUAUCGGUGACCAAUUUCCCAUCGGCCCAGGGUACAACGGUAUGCCCAAAGACGUCCCUCCGCAGACGCAUACCCGCCAGGGUUCUGGCGCCUUUGACGCCAUCGGUAGUGCAGCCAUGCCCAUUGGACGACCGGCGCCAAUAGGACGACCUGGAAGCACAUCACGCGGACGCCCUACGGACGGUGACGACGACACAAAGCAUCUCGGUAGUAGCGUACUAGUCGAAGACGACGAACCUCUCCAACCGGAUCUCAACCCAGGUAGCCUCCGUUCUCAGCCACCAGGCCCACGCCCACCGGUCUUUGCAACAAGUCCAUUCAUGGACAACGGGUUCUCUCGUGGAGGGCACAAUCUCUGGACCCCGACACCAGCUGUGACUAAUGGUCAGCACUUUCCGCCUCCCGGCUUCGGUAACCCGGGCUGGGGCGUCCCCCCGCCUGGCAUGUCGCCCGGAGGCUUCAACGCGGGCUCGCCUGUUGCUGGCGGCAUGCGCAGCGUCUCGCAAGCGGCUUCGCGCCACAUUGCGAUCCGACAUAUGCUCUGCACCGCGUGCAAGACGCUCGUCGGUGGCCCCGACAGCUUAGAAAGCUUCGUCGAGCUCGGCGCACUUCGGAACCACGUAGAGGGCCAAUCCAACGACCCGACUAUCACGGCACAGGAGCUGCUGAACCUCUGUGACACCGAGGGAAACGCGUCCAACGGCGGCGGCACGUUUGACGUGAUUCUGCACGAAAACGGUACCCACGGUGUUCGCUGGAUGCCAGACGCUCCAGCCGUCGCUCCGACACCCAGCACGGCCACGCUCGAUGCGCUCAUCGCCGGGACAUUUCGCCAGCCGGUCGUUGGCGCACCGCCGGGCGAGAUUGGCAGCCCUCUCAUGGGCUUCUCGGCCGCCUCCUCGAUGCGGGGCAUCUAG